UCCUACGACCUGGCGUCCACAUAUGUGGACAUCACAUUUUGGGUUGUCUAGACCACAAUAUUAAAUUUUUCUCUACAAGGGCCUGGGGUCCACAUACGAGGACUUUAUACUGCCACUUAGUGGUGUCAGAAGAGUAUAACACAUUAUACAUUAGAUUCAAGAUGGCCGACAACACACCCAGAAGUUCAGAUGGCAACUCCCGAUCCAAACUUCGACCAGAGCGUUAUUCUCUGUCAAGAGUAAUGGAGUUAUUGGGGUUAAUUGGUAGAGACAACUCAGAGGUGGAAGAUUUGUCAGACAUCGAUGAUCCCGUAGGGGAUGCUGAAUAUCAACCCCCACGACAGGAGCCAAGCACCAGUGAGGAGGACAAUAGUGGAUGUGAGGGCCCCAUUCCACAGCCCUCUCAGCCUAUCAGGGGACGUAAACGUCUCCGUGAUGAAAAUGAAGGAUAUCGUUCAGAUCGUGACAGAUCACGCACUCCCAGACGUCGCUCUCAGACACAGCAGGAUGAGGCCGAUGUCUCAAACAAUGUCCCUGAAGAGAUAACACCAGGACCAAGCCAUCAAGAACAGUCCAAGAAAGGGUGUGGGAUGCGAUGGAGGGCUUCUCCGCUCACACCAAAUCAAGCCCAGUUUGAGCAUGAGGAGGAAACUGUGCAGGACAGAGCGGGCUGGACCCCACUGGACUACAUAGAACAGUAUAUUGAUAAAGAUUUGAUGAAAAUGAUUGCAGAUUGCUCUGAUGCUACGUCACUGGCUAGAAGUGGGGACCCACUCAUCAACACAUCAACUGAUGAAAUUUAUCAUUUUUUUGGUGCCUGUAUUUUGAUAUCUUGCAUACUAUAUCCUGCAAUCAGGAUGUACUGGUCCAAAGCCUUGAGAUUCACUGAAAUGUUCACGUGACAGAUUCUUCAGGCUGAGGCGAUCACUCAAAGUGCUCAUUGAUGAUGAUGUUCCAGAGGACCUGAGAGAUUGUGAUAAAUUCUGGAAGGUGAGGCCUUUUCUGAAUCGCAUUCUGAAAGGCUGCAAAUCUCAGGCUCGACCAGAAUGCGUUUCCAUUGAUGAGCAGACGACUCCUUUCACAGGAGCUUGUCCGUAUCGACAAUAUCUGCCAAUGAAACCAAACCCAGUUGGCAUGAAAAACUUUGUUUGCGCAACAGCAGAUGGUAUUGUGC